UUGGAAGGAGUGUGUGUUGUGCUCCAGGACGGGUCGUCAAUUCCGGAUGCUAUACAUCAUUAUAUUUAUGUUUAAGUGAAGAAUGAGACGGGCAGUUAAUGAAGACACGUGAUGAGUGAAUAACAAAUGUUGAUUGUUUGAUUAGGAAAGUUUCUUAGUUUUCGUCGGGUUCUAGCGUUCGAUUUGUUUGUGUUUUCCGGGUCGUAUGGAAAUCGUGACGGCUUUGUGUUCUGAAAACAUUCUUUGUGAUUUUUAGGACUACAGUUUGGAUUACUUUUGGUGAUUUCUGCUGGAUGAUGGUCUGGGGUAACUAGUACUAUGGGUUCCAAGUUAUUUCAAGUGUUCAGUGUGUUGUGUGUAGUGCAAUACGGUAAAACUGCGCGUUGGUCGCAUACGGCUAUGCUUAGUCCUGAUUAUCGACUUCUGUGGUCGUUAGGGCCUGGACCACAAGAUAUAACAUUUGAAUUACAAGUGCGGACACUAGGGUACGUUGGAUUCGGAUUUUCAAAAGAUGGACGAAUGACUGGAGCCGAUAUGGUGAUUGGAUGGGUAGAUAAAGGACAAGUUUACUUCCAGGACCGCCAUGUUAAGGAUUCUACCGGAAGUUCACUGGAUAGAGAACCGGAAGUGGAUCCGAGCCAGGAUUAUCAACUUCUUCUGGGUUAUGAAAACAACACACACACUGUGUUGCGAUUUAGAAGGAAGCUUGAUACUUGCGACCAUCAUGACAUUCCUAUUACGAAUGAUACCAUGAGAGUUGUGUGGGCUUUUCAUUCGGAAGAGCCUACAGGAGGAUCUGUUGGACCGAAAUCAUUGCCACAACAUAGCCUAGGAUCUAGAGGGACGCAGUCAUUAUAUUUGGUUCAAAGAGCUGAUCAAGACGCCCCUGGACCUGAAGAAACAACCAGAAUAUGGGAACUUCGUAAUCCUCCAGUUGAACCACCAGCUCCUGGAGAAAAUCUGUACUGGUGCCGUAUUUUUAGAAUUCCUGUCAUUACUAAGAAACAUCAUUUAAUUCGUUAUGAACCACUGCAAGGGGUUAAAGCAUGGAACGGACUACAACAUGUGGUUCUCUAUGAAUGUCAAGACGGUUCUCAAAUAUCGAAACUGGCCGACACUCCUGGACGUCAGUGUUACGAACCCAAUGUUCAACCGUUGUCUUGCAAUACUGUAGUUGCAAGUUGGGCCAGGGGCUCUGAAGGUUUUAGUUUCCCACCAGAAGCUGGUUAUCCCCUAGAACCCACCACUUCCCGUUACUAUCUGUUGGAAACUCACUAUAUCAGUCCCACAGAUGGCAGUUUAGGAUCUCUUGACGGGUCGGGUUUGAGAUUAUAUUAUACCCCUGAAUUGCGGAGACACGAUGCCGGUGUUAUAUCAAUAGGGAUGGAUCCGAACUGGAGACAUAUAAUACCACCAGGACAACAAAGAGUUGUCUCUUCAGGACACUGCGUGUCGGAGUGCACCAAACAAGCUUUCCCUCAUAAUGGAAUAAACAUGUUCGCUGUUGUUAUGAAAACUCAUCGAAUUGGACGACAAGUAGCUCUGAAACACAUUAGAGGUAGUGUAGAACAACCUCCCAUUGCGGCUGACGACAAUCUUGACUCGGAUUAUCAAGAAUAUCGCAAACUUGGUGUGCCAGUAAAAAUUUUACCCGGUGACCAUUUAAUUACCGAAUGCACUUACAACAGUUCUGGAAGAACAGCAAUUACUUUGGGUGGCCUGACAAAUCGUGAAGAAACUUGUUUGGUUAUGGGUCUUUAUUACCCGAGACAAAGACAUUUGGCCGCAUGUCACAGUUUACCAAGUCUACCAACCGUGCUACAUUCGCUCGGAAUACAAGAAUUGAGUCCAGGCUCGAAUCCAGUGAGAAUAUCCGCCCCUCCUGAGCUAGCUGGUAUGACGUUGGAAUCAAGGUUAGUUUCGUACGACUGGGACAAUCAGUUUCACAGCUUCCAAGAAGCGACGAUGAAAGGAUCGUUCAAGCCGUUAUGUUGGACUGCGCAGUCAACCAUUUUACCAGGCACUGACAAGGAGCUGCAUUAUCCAAACGUAACAGCAGCGUACAUUCGAAGCAACGUAGACCAGUGUAACAAUUACAAAAGAUAUAGUACGGAGGGGUGGCCAGGGGGAACACCAAUCAUGGAAUUAGAAGGUAACCAUAUUGAAGGGAUUGUUCGUAGCAAAGUGUCACGUAGUAGCAGCAGCCCAAGCGCUGAAGAGUCUCUAGGAUUAAGUAGAGUGAACUCCGGUAGUUACAAUACAUUGCAAACUGUGUUAGUGAUUUGUGCUUCGCUGAUUUGGUUCUACCACUGACUUAGUAAUUUAAAUUAGUGACCAAUCGACUGACUCUUUUUUUACAUUUCCUAAGAAGAUACGUGGUGAUAGCAACGACUGUUGUAGUUAUUUAUUGACAUUAAUUUAUUGACAAUUGAGUCAUGUGUUUGCUAGUCCGUUCGGCCAGGUCAUAAAUAUCAUCGUUUUGUGGGUGAUUUCUCUGUUUUUCUAUUGAUGUAAUAUUAGUAAAGCGACAUGUUUCAAAUGCAAUAGUUUUCCGAUCUUGGAAAAUCGCUUUGCUGGAAAUAUAACGUAGCGGCAGUGAAUGCCGAAUGGGACAAUUGAAUUACGCCGCGACAGGUCUGUGAUGAAAGUAGUAAUAAGCAUUUUUGAUGUUUCUUUUCUCUUCAUUAAUACGAUGUUUUAAUUUGCUGUUGUUGUUAGUUUCACUAGUUUCACUCUCUCUCGAAACCCUCGAUAUUAGGGUUACGUUUGUAUUUAUAUGUAAAUUAAAAUACCUUGUGUACAUUCGUAGUCCCGACUGGUGCUAUAUAGUUUUUAUUCCUUUGUGUGUCGACUUAUUUAUUGAUUUUUUAGUAAGAUAAAAUUUCCUGUACAGUGUAGAUAACUUGUGUAAUAUAUUUUAUAAAUCAACCUUAA